AUGGGAAGAUAUAAAGGAUUUGGUGGUACACAUACCAAGAAUAAACAAUAUAAAAAAGCAAGAAAGACUGCUAGAAGAGGAAAAGAUAUAGAUCAAGUUUGGGAUGAUGUUCAACCAGAUAAAAUAGAGAAGGCAUCAAAACAUGAUAUAGAUCCAGAGUUACCAGGUUUAGGUCAAUUCUACUGUGUACAUUGCGCUAAAUAUUUCGUUGCUCAAUCAGAUUUAGAUACACAUCUUACAGGAAAGAAACACAAGAGAAGAGUUAAAGAUUUGAAAGUUAAACCAUAUACUGUUGAAGAUUCACAACUUCCAAUUGACAAUGGAAAGAAACUAAGACCAACACCAACACCAAUGAUCGAAGAUAACACUGAUAUUUCAACUACUUCUACUGCUGCUGCUGCAUCAACGUCAGUUUGA